GAACCGACGGAUGGCGAAAACAAAAUGAUCGUCUUUUAGGUAUUCACAUUUCGCAUUUGAAAUCUCCGCUGGACAAUUCAGAACUCCUCCUUGUGAAACCCAGGGCGUAGAUUUUGAUACUGAAUUUUGCUGGUGAUGAUGGUUCUGAUCAUCCCCCUCAUCUCAGAAGCAGAUGUUAAGGUGGUAAAGCUUGGGUAUACGCUUAAGAUUCAUCAUUCGAAUUCGUCUACAUCACAAGUUCCCCUUCAGAAAAACAAAAGUAUGGCAGAUUGGUAAUGAAGGGGCUGGUUGUGGGGAUUCAGCCUUUGUUCAUAAAUGAAAUAGAACUGAAUAUGAAUGAAAUAGAUUGAAAUGAAAACAUGUGAUCUAAUUGGUAUUGUCUGGGUGGGAUUCAUUGUUCGCUUUCUCGAAGGAAGCAGCAUGAGGUACCAUGUAUUACAGUCUAUGCAAUGAAUAUGUUUAUAAUCUUGCGUGUGAGUCCAAAGUAUUUGUUGACUGGCAGGUAGCUAGGUUUCAAUAUCUGUCUAGUUUUGUCAGUUACAGACUACUCAUAUAUACAAAAUAGAAAAUUUUCUGGAACAAUGAUUAGCUUCAUCAUUUUCAUUUAUCGUCCACAGAACAAUGUAAAUGUGAGUAAAACUGUGUCAAAAUCUGAAAGCUAAUGGUAGUUCAAAUUCCAUAGUUGAAUUCGUCAUAAUUCAAAACUUGUGCGCUUCAAUAUUGAUGUUCUAGAAAUCCAAAAUACCGAGCUUACUUAUUUUUGAUCUAUUUUUUUGAAUAGAAAGAAUGGUGAGUCAUAUUCUUAUUUACUUGAUAUCCAAAACUUAUUUUAGAAAUAUUAGCCCUUGAAUUGGUUUUGAGUGCGUGAAAAUCUAAGAAGUCUUUAGACAUUAUAUAUGUUUCGUUAGAAAGAAUGGUGAGUCAUAUUCAUCAAUUUUUCUUUGUAUGUUGUUCUUUUAUAUUGUCUAAUUUCAGAAAAGCACAAGUUUGAAUGGGUAAAGAAGUUACGAAAGAGGGGUCUCUUUUAUUAUCUCCUAUAUUUAUGUCUGGUAAUCUCAAUUUUGCUGGGAAAACACGUACGAACCAUGUUUCCCCUGCAGCAAUGUUCCUCAUACUAUGAGUAUAACCUUUCAUAUAUUCUGAAAAUGAGGAACCAGUCUUCAUUUGUUUUCAUGGGCUUUAAUUGACAUGGUAUUAAAUACUGAUUAAGGGAAAUGAUGAGAUAAUAAAAACAAUUCUUUUUCUGUAUCUAGUUUCCUUAUUCGUUCCAAAAUUUUUUAACAACCACAUUCAAAGAACCGUAUUAAUGAGUGUGAAUCACCAAUCUUUCUAAAACAGUCUAUAUAAAUAUAAUAUCUAUAUAAGACAUCUUGUUAAUCUCAUUUCUUUCUUACACCUAGAUACUCUCUUUGUUGUUCUUUUAUUAUUUUGGUUUAAUUUUUUUACUGAGAAAUGGCAGAUAUAUCAGCCCUCAAGCAAAAACUGGCUGAUCUCCUUGCUCAAAACUUCAAGGAUGGUACACUGGGAAACCAGUAUAAAGUGUGUCAAAGUUUACGCAGCGACGAUGACGCUUGGUUUAUUGUUAUUGCACUAGAACUGUUCUGUACCGAAACGGAAAAGAGAUUUAGAGAAAUUAACGAGAAACACAUGAAACCUUACAUGGAUAUACCUGCAAUCGCAAUCUAUGUUGAAACUAUAAAAAGUAGCAGCUUAUGUAUGGGGUCCGAUAAGUUAACUCAGGCUUGUUGUGAAUAUAUGCAAAGUAGCUGUGCGAACCACAUAGUAGGCUGUCACAAGGCAAUGAUGAAGCUAACCUGUGAGUUUAAUCGCACAAAAGAUGUAUUUCAGAAAAUUAUUGAGCUAGAGCGGGAGAUCAACAUUUUGUCUGGAGUGGGACCGCAACCAGCACCACCAAAUUACAACUGUUUGACUGGGGAGGAAGUGCCAAUAGCACCACCUACUUACAACGCUGUGACUAGAGCUGAAGUGCCACCAACGCCACCAGAGCAGAACUCCGUGACUGGAGCAAUAGCGGUACCAGUGACACCAACUUACAACUUUUUGACUGGAACAGGAGCGCCAUCAUCGCCACCAAGUCGCAACUCUUUCACAGGAGCAGGAGUUACACCAGCGCCCCCACCAAUUCGCUACUUUUUAACUGGAACGAGAGCGCCACCAUCGCCACCAACUCACAACUCUUCCACCGGAGCAGGAGUUACACCAGUGCCACCACCAACUCGCAAUUUUUUGACUGGAGCGAGAGUGCCACCAGUUAUACCAACUGACAACUAUGGAGAUGCACCAGCACCACCAACUCACAACUCCUUGACUGGAGGAAGAGCGAUGCCAGCGCCACCAACUCACAACUCUUUGACUGGAGCAAGGGCAACACCAGCGCCACCAAAGCACAACUCUAUGACUGGAGCGGGAGCCCCACCUCUGCCAACUCACAACUCUUCGACUGGAACACCACUAGCCCCACCCACGCCACCAACUGACAACUCUUGGGCUGGAGCGCCACCAGCCCCAGCAGCGCCACCAACUUACAACUUUUUGAGUACCAAAAAGAGAGCGAGAGCACCACCAGCUUAGACGCAUUUUUCAUCAAUCUUCUUGCAAGCCCAUUGUUUCCGUACUUGUGAUCUCGUAUCUUGAGGUCUUACUGUCUGCUCUUUACACUUACAACGGUGCACAAUCUUCCCAUCAAUAAUACAAUCUUCCGUUAUUGAAGAAAA